CACGGACGGCCAUCCGCGCAGCAGCGAGUCGCUCCGGAACUCGGCGGAAGGUAGACAACGUUGAACAGCGGCUCUCCGCUUUGGGACUGACUGGACGGCGACUUUCCGCCCCUGUAAAUCCCGAAGUCGCUUUAUAUAGAAAAGCUUUUAUUUAUUUCAAGUGUCUAAGUAAUACCCAGGACCACAAAAGCAAACACAAGAUGGUGAAUACCAGCGUGGCAUCCAUCAGAAGGACAUCACUGGCCAUGGACACAGGGAACAGAUGUUUGCAGUGAAGAGCAGCAGACUGGAGAGGAGGUAGUAACAGGUGCUGCGUGAGGAGAGCUGAAGAUCAUGGGUAAAUCAAACAGCAAGCUGAAGCCAGAGGUGGUGGAGGAGUUGACAAGGAAAACCUACUUUACAGAGAAAGAGGUGCAGCAGUGGUACAAAGGCUUCAUUAAAGAUUGUCCAAGUGGGCAGCUGGAUGCUGUGGGCUUUCAGAAGAUAUAUAAGCAGUUCUUUCCUUUUGGAGAUCCCACAAAGUUCGCCUCCUUUGUCUUCAACGUAUUUGAUGAAAAUAAGGAUGGACGCAUCGAGUUCUCUGAAUUCAUCCAGGCCUUGUCUGUGACUUCCCGGGGAACUCUAGAUGAGAAGUUGAGAUGGGCUUUUAAAUUAUAUGACCUUGAUAAUGAUGGCUACAUCACCCGAGAUGAGAUGUUGAACAUCGUAGAUGCCAUAUAUCAGAUGGUGGGGAACACUGUGGAGCUGCCAGAAGAAGAAAACACACCAGAAAAGCGCGUGGACCGUAUUUUUGCAAUGAUGGACAAGAAUGCAGAUGGGAAGCUGACUCUGCAGGAGUUUCAGGAGGGUUCAAAAGCAGACCCUUCUAUUGUUCAGGCAUUGUCACUCUAUGAUGGACUUGUGUAGGAAUGUAAGGUUCCAUGACACCACUUACUGUCAUCUAUUUGCUGGUGAUCAUUCUUACAAGUUCUCAGAUGGAUCCAAAUCAGCAUCCUCUUGCACGUUACACGCCAAUCCAGCUCCAUCACACCUGUAACAGGAGGAAGCCACUUUUAACUUGCUCACCCAGAUGCAGACUGCAAACUUGUGUCGCACAGCCAUACGGCAUCUGUGUCAAGUAGCUGUUUGUCCACAUUUCCAGUAAGGAUUGUAAAGAAAUAUAUCCUCUGAUGUGACGUGGAAUUCAAACAUGUCAGCAAAACCGUCAUUUAUCUGUGCUUCUGCAGCUGUGUGGCACCGCGUACACACUUGAGUGUUGUGGACUGUGUAGGAGCAUUUCUGCAAGCGCAGUGUUGUGAUUUCCCAAUGGACAGACCCAGGAACUGAAUUCCCUCUGAGAUGUUAGUGUGCAUCUUGUUCACAUACUGUAAAACAGGGGAUGCACGAGAGCCACCCAGAGGAACUGUGCUGCUGCAUCAUCACCACAUGGAGAGACUCUAAACCCGGGAGAAUCUGGCGUGUUACUUGGUGAUAACGUGAACACUAACUUAAAGUUACAAAGCAGUAAAGUAUAUAUUGUAUAAUGUAAAUAUAACGGUAAUUUAUUUUCUGCUUUGCUGCAUUUAUGGGAAUUUUACUCAUAAGUAUGGAAUGAAGUUUUAUUUUUUAUCAAAGGUGUUUAAAAUGUAUUGCACUGUAUUUUUCAUUAUUAUUGUGGGAUUGUUUUUUCCCUCACAUUCUGAAGUUUCCUUUUCCUGGGAGAACAGGGUUUUUGUGUGUUGAAAGAGCGAGGAGUUUUCUAUAGAUUGUUUACUAUGUUUGCAGUCUGUGCAUCCUAUUGUGUUUUCACUUCCCCGUCAGCACGAGCUUCUAGUGUCUGCAGUGUUGCACAGCCACAUCCUGAACAACAUGACCAAGCAACACAGUGAAUUCUCCCACAUCUGAAUUGAGGCUCAUUAUGUCUUUUGAAAGCAUCGUACUCCACCCUCAGCACACACAAAGCUCUGGUCAUUAAGAGGCACAAACAGACAUCAAUUCUGGUUGUAAAGCUUUUGCGAGCUCUGUGGUUGCAUUUGUCCACGUUGUAUUUGUCCUGUGCGAGGCCACAGCAUGUGAUGAUGCCUUUUUUUCACUUUUGGAUUAUUUUAGAUACAUCAUUAAGAUGUUUGAUCAGCUUCACUGAUUUUAUGCCUUAUGCAAAUGAUAAUUUAUUAAAUGAUAAAUGUCAUUACCUGUUGAUUAACAGUAUAAGAGCACAGAAUAAAACGCAUUUAAGUGGCCAACA